AUGUUAUCAUCAAUACUACAUUUACUAGCACAAAUGGGCUUAAGGGAUUUAACUUUCCAUUUCCAAAAAAGGCAUUUGGUGAUAACUUCUUGUGCUCUGCAGGGUAAAAUUUGGACAGAUUUUCAUCAAUCAAGAUUCAACAUGAACCGAAUCUUACUCAGAGUUACGUACGUUCAAGAGCAGCAGAGCACCAUUCCCCUUCAUCUUCAAAAAGAUAAUCUAUCCUUUGUGUCUAAGUGGCUACUGAUUAAGAGUUUUUAUGCUUUUUAUGCUUUUUGUUUUUUUCCCCUCUCUUCUUUUUGUUUUGUUUUUUUUUUCCUUGAAGUUUAGGCCUUUACUGUUCCUAUUGCUUUCUUCACUAGACGUUUAAGAUGUGCUCUUACAGCCUGCUUUUACAGAUCUUUGAAUAAAGAAUGUUUUUACCCUCUCUCAUUUUAAUCUUGUGCUCUCUAUAGUAUGCUUCAUUCCAUCAAACUAAGAAUGUGAAAAACGAUUUACAUAGAGCCUUGGUUACCUGAGAUAUAUAGCAAAAGCCCAGGAAAGAAGGAUCAUAGGAUACUAACCUUUUGUAACUGUCCCAGCAGUUCCACUGCAGGUAACCAUUUUCCUUCGAGAAACAAACUCUAUGUUCAGGUGGAUAUUUCGGCAACAGCUCUCAGUCUAAUAGCUUCACUCUGAUAGUUGGUGGCUGUUCUUGUUUGAUGUGGCUCUGGCUUGAACAUGAAGUAGCUCCCACUAGUGGUCAAUGCCAUGACUGAAACCCGAAACAUUGUGACUUUCGUGGAACCAAACACCAUGAACUUGACCCAUCCGCCAAAAGCUCCAAGACCAAUGAGGCCCACGCAACUAAGACCUACAACCCUUUCGAACCAUAACACCCUUCUAAGUUCUAACAACUGCACAAGCACAUUGACUAGGCGUAAGAAUACAAUUUUGAAUUUUCCCACUUCUCACAAAAUCCCACACCAAAAGAAAGAGAAACACCAUCAAUUAAAAUACUUAGAAUUUUGUCCACAAAGCCCCAGUUAAACAGAUUCUAUCACCUUUCCACUUUUCUCAGCAAAUGAACCAACCGCGUAAUAAUUGGCCUCACCCAACUGCCUAUUUCUGGGCCUUCAUCUGCCCUACAGAACCAAGUGCUGUGUCUUCCGCUUGGUCAAGGAUUUUCAAGAAAAGUAACCAUUCAGAAAAAGGACUAAGCAAGCUCCAAAGUGUCCAAAGACUAAAUUUUCAAGAAAAAAAAAAUGGAGAAAUGAACUUCUCAUUGAUUUGAUAAUAUUCCAACAGCCUCAAAAGUGGCUAAGUCCCCAGGAUUGGCCAGGAGAUUCUAUAUUCAAAAUAUAAAAAUAUUAAAAGCAGAUACUAGUCCUAACCAAAAUUUCAAAACAAAAAAUCGCAAUAUUGAAAUUAAAAUUUAACCACCGCUGGAAGAAAGGACAACUGCAAGAUCCA